UUGGGGUGGGGGAGGGAGCGCUCCGGCCCAGCCGCAGCCGUUGUCACUGCGCUUCCCCCGGGGCCGUUGCCUCACCUAGCGGACUCGACCCAGCGAGUCCCGCCGCCGUUAGCGGAUCAUCGCACGAGCGUGGCCAGCGCCAUCGGUGGCUCGCCCUCUUCCACCUUUGCCUUCUCUUCAUUGGUCGAGCAGAACCUCUCGUCUCCUCGAUUGGUCCAGGAGGACGUGGUUUGUGCCUACGUGGAGCCCUCAGAGAGAUAACACCGCCCCAGCUGCUUCACAGCUCUGGUUGCAAAACUGAUGGUGGCAAAUUGUAACUUGAAGCCAGAUGUAUACCUUUAUACAACAUCCUGAGUGAGGUGAAGUUGGAGGACAAUCAAAGUGACUCCACCUACUAUCCACCCUUUCCUCACUUGGCGAUUUCUAGAACUAUGGACAGGCUUCUCUGGGUGGCAGGAGAAUGGGGCACAGCUUCUGUGAAGGCAAGCAGACUCCCCCUUCUACUUUGGAUGGGGGAGUGGUUUUGGAUUCAAAAAGGAUGGGUAGAAAGGAUGCAUCUGCUGCAAGAAUUCCUGUUGAGCAAUACAGGAAACAAAUAGGACCUCAGGGAUUGUCUUUCUCCUGCCAGUCAAAUCAAACAUUCUCCUCCCUGUUGCCUCCCCUCACCUCUCCCUUGAGAUGGAGCAGGGGUAAGGGUGGGAUGGAAUAUAUCCAUUUGGAACCAGACUGUGGAAACCCUAAUUACAUUGGAAAACAAGAUUACAAGAAAAGCAGGCCAGUGUUAAGAGCAACAAGAUUAAAAGCAGAGGCCAAGAAAACUGCACUGGGCAUAAAGGAAGUUGCCCUUGUCCUUGCAGCUAUACUGGUAUUGCUGUUGGCUUUCUACGCUUUCUUUUAUCUUAAUCUAUCAAGUGAAGUUGACCUUGAUCUGGAUCCAAAUGAAAACUAGCAGAUGCAAUGUAUCUAUCCUAUCAUCAGAUUCUCUUCAGGAAAAGCAACUACCUUGAACAACACUGCUUGGGAACACACAGUUCUAAUGCAUAAUAAUACUAUGCAAUAUCUCAAUCGCUCUUAAAAUUCAUAUCUGCAGAACAGGCAAAGAAGACUCAUGCAACGCAAGCUGCUUAAGUUAAAACAAAAGCUGUACUAUUAUGAAUUAAAUGAAUUGUUUACAUUAUUUGUUUCUCAGGCUGAGAACUCUGAUGCCAAAAGACAGUUUUUUGCAUAUUGGUGCUGGUAUUGAAAAGGGUAGAUACUGACUUCUGGGUAGUCUGUCCUAAUGUAAAUCCAUGAAUCCAAACUUCCCAAUAGUGAAAUUAGGUUUCCUUUUUUAAAAUACAAAAGAAAAAACAAGUCCCCAAAUAAACGUUGCUUUACUGAUUUGUAUUUCCAGGACAUCUGCACCACCCUCAGUCUUGCACUCUCUCACUCUUCACACAUGGAGGAAGUCAUAGGUAAUUUCUCUUUUUAGAAACAGUCUCCCACUUCCUGUAGGGCCUAUUUUAUAUCCUAGAUUCUAUAUGCACAUGUAUCUACAGUAAUCUUUUUUCAUUCCUUGCCAACUGCUCAGUGCACAUGUGCUCUGUCAGAAAUGGCACCUGGAUGACAGAAGCUCGAACAUUAUUAACAUAUGCCUCUGAAACAGAGUUCCUUGCCUUUUGGGCUGAGUGAACUGAUAUAUGUAGAAAGUUCAGUUGAUGUUGAUUUUAAUUAGUAUACUGCUCUAUUAUUGAUAUAAAGAUGAAAUUCUAUUUUAAUUAUACUGUUCCUGCUAAUUGCAAUAGCAACUUGCUUCUCUCAUUAGGAGGAUGUGGUAAAAAAUUGUGUUCCAGUUAUACUAUCUUUUUCCCAUCAAACUAAUGUAAGGGGUUGUACCAGCUAACAAAUCUUUUUCAUGCAUACUCCCCAAAACUGGAAGAGUCUUGACUCCCCGAGAACUGUUAGAAACUCUGUUGGCAAAUUAACCCUAAUUUCUCUUAUAUAACAGUCUUAUAACUAAGGGAUAAACCACUGAGUUCCCUUUGUUUAGUAACUAUUUUUGGAAGUGUCCAAGUUAGACUUAGAUUUGACAUGAGGAUUUUGGAGGCAAAGAGAAACCAAAACAUAACUAAUAGUGUAGUAUAUAAGACUAUGUUUAUUUUAAAUUGGCCCACAGCCCCAUUAUCACCACUUAAAACCUGGUUCAGGAAUUUAGAUCAAUAUGGCUAAUUUUUAGACCAUACAGUAUUGAUGCCUAUAUACCCUAUGAGUCUCUAAGGAUACACUUUUUAUUCGGUUUGUGUAAUACAGGACACAUUUCAUCUAGAAAUGCAGAAUACACCAGCAUCUCCAACAUAUGUAUGAAAAGCAAAUAUUAUACUUAUUUCUCGUUCUCUAAAUUGUGACUUUUCAAGUCACCAAAUCCCCCAAAUCAUACAUUCUUAGUACUUGUAGUCCAGUAAUAUUAUAUAUGCCACCAAUGUGUAGCAACAUAUAGCACUCGGAGUGAAGCCUUUUAUGACAUGUGGCAUUCCUUUCAGUGUAGUGAAAGGCAAUCACAAGCUGGCAUUUUGGAUGUGACAUGCCUUUCACUUCACUGAGUGCCAUACCACAUGUCUCAAAAUGCUGCAGUCCUCUUUCAUUUUGCACGAGCAAUUUCCAUUUUCCACUAACUCACAGGAUGCUGUAAGGAUUAUGUAGCUAAUGUUUGUACAACGCUUUGUAUGAGACAUGCAAUAGAAGUGCUAAGUAUUUUAUAUUGCCAUAUAUAUUGUGUUCUGAAACAGUUAAAUGAAAAGAAGAAUAUUUCUAACUUAAAAUAGUAACUUGAAGUUAUUAGAACAAGAACAUUUCCCAUAUUGUGUGAGUCACAAGUAAAAACCAAACUACAUCUGUGGAUGAAUGAAAUUUAUAUAUUGGUUUAUGGACCACAAGACCCCUAGACUAGAAAGUAUCACAAAUCUCCAUUAUGUUCUCAAGUGCUGCAUUUUGCAUUUGGCUAUUUUUCAUUCAGGUGACAGACAUAACUAAGUCACAUGUAACUAGAGAGUUGCCUAUUGCUUAGAACAUCUGAGGAGAAUCAUGCCCAGUGCACAUGGGAAUAUAUGGAGAAUAUUGCAGCAAAUACAUGGAAAAUAUUGCACUUGUGCUUUCAGUCCAUUAGUUACAGACAGGGGGUUGUUAAUAGCAGAUGUCCCAGCUUUAGUCAAACUACCCGCAUGUUUUAUUUUUUAAUUUAUAAAAACAAAUGCAUUAAACGUAGGGCCUGAGUUGGGUCUUGCUUACACCUCUUUUCACAAACUCCUUUGACUUCAGUGAAAUUACUCCUGCUUACUCCUAAUUACUCACACUACUGUGAGAGCAAAAUCUGGCCUGUGAUUAUGUCUCCCAGUAUACCUUUUGGAGCACAGCAGGUAUCCAUUCCUGAUAUCUUUAAGUGAAGUUGCUUUUAGCACCUCAAAUGCAUGCUAGGUGUGCACUCACUGUCUCUCUCUCUCUCUCUCUCUCUCUUUCUCUAAUGACGAUACCUAUGUAUAUAUCUGAGAUCAGAACCAAUCCCAUAAUUUUUUAGGUCAUUUGUCUUUGUAACUGUAGCUCAUGGACUAUUUUAAUAAUAAAAUGAAUUUUUAAACUUUG